UGGGUAGGUUUGUGCCCAUGAUUUGCUGGGUUUGCUUUCUGAAAAUAACAGGAAACCAGACCAAAUUAGUGUUCGUUAAGGACUUCAAGACCAAGAUGACAAUGACUCUGGUAGAAUGGAGGUGAAGAGUCUCAAUGCAAUAAGGAUCGCACUCAAGAAUCUCCAAGACUAGCUCAAUAUUUUUUCAUGAGAAAUAGCCAAGGGAGUUCUUUGGGAGAAAGAUCACAAAAAUUCACUUUCUGAGUUGAUCAUGUUGGCAUUGCUUCUCUGAUUUGAUGAAGAAGCCGUUGGUUUUUGAAGUUCAGGAAUUUGCAAGUAUUUUUGGAGGACAAGUUUCUUUUAGCAGCCUAGGCAUGGUGAGCACAGCUAAUAUUCGUUGUGAGUGAGUAGGCAUUCGUUGUGAGUGAGUAGGCAUGAUGAGCAUAGCUAAUAUUUUAACUUUUUUGCAUUUGGCCAUUUUAAUCUUCUUGCGCCCUUUUUUAAAUAUUUAUAAUUUAUUUUUUUCCUUCAGGCAUAUGAAGCAUGGCUGGGUGAAGGAUAUGGUAGUUUGUAAUAUCAGGUUAUUUGGAAAAAUUAAACUGUUAUGAAGGAG